AUUUGAAUACCUCUUUAAUUUCGAUAACACUUUUGAGAUUCAUGAUGACAGCGAGGUGCUGAAGAGAAUGGGAAUGUCCUUUGGGCUCGAGGCAGGCAAAUGCUCAGCUGAGGACCUAAGAACUGCAAAAUCACUGGUGCCCAAAGCUUUAGAAGGCUACAUCACAGAUAUGUCAUCAGGAUUUUCGUGGAUAAACCAAGGGUUACUUUCAAGUUCAACACAAGCAGGUUCAUAUUUGGAGGUAGCAGGAGGCACUUCUGAAGCUAAAUCAAGUGAGAAUCCAGGGUUGUGUUUGGAUGCUGAAGUGGCCUUAGCAACUGGGCUUCUUGCCCCAAGCAGUCAACAGUCCAGCAGUGCAACAUCACGCUACUCGGAAUCACGGGGAGAAACUCCAUGCUCAUUCAAUGAUGAGGAUGAAGAGGAUGAAGAUGAGGAUUCUUCCUCCCCAGAAUAA